AUGGAUCUGUUGCAAACAAAAGUGCGGAACUUGGAGGAUCUUAAUUUGGAACUUGGCUCUUCUGGUUUGCCCUACCCAAAGCCGUUUGAUGGAAGUGAUGAUUUUUUGGCCUAUUUGAAGUCCUUCAACAGAUUGGCGACUGGCCAUGGUUGGCAGCCUCCAAGAUGUUGUCAGAUAUUGCCUAUUUAUUUGAGGGGAGCGGCUUUGGCGGUGUAUGAAGGGAUGCCGGAGGAUGAGAAAAAUAACUGGAAAAAUUUGGUGGAAGGCCUAGCAAACAGAUUGAAGAGAAUUUCUACUAGGGAGGUGGCUAGAUUGAAAAUGAUUGAGAGGAGGCAGAACGUUGGAGAGUCUGUGGAGGAAUUUGCCCAGGCCUUACGCAACUUAGUGGAGAGAGCUUAUCCGGAUUCAUCUCUGGAUGUGGAUUUGGCUGGCCUAAACCUUGACGUGGCAAUAUCUAAUAAUGUGAAGGGAGAAUUGGGAGUGAUGACUAAAAGGUUCCGGGAUGAGCAGUGCAGGGAUCGUUUUCGCGCGGGUUUGCUGCCGGAGAUAAAAGAAAAGGUGAUCUUUAUGGACCAGCCCCCUACAUUGGCAGAGGCAGUGGCGCAGGCGCGCAGAGUAGAAGAAUUAAAUAGUACAAUGAAGGAUGAUAUAUGGCGAAGGACAAAAGAAAUAGAAGUGAAAGCAACCUUAGCGGAGAAACAGGCAGAGUGGACAAUUUGGAAACAGGCCAAAUUUUAA